CUCUUCCGGUUCUGUUCGUUGCCUAGAGCUCCUCUAAGCCGGAAGUCGCUCGCAGAACUUGCGUAGAGCCGCUUUAUUAACGGCUAAGAGCCUCUCAGUCCAGCGGGCGUUGGAUAGAGAGUCGUCAGUUACUUAGCGGCCAUGGCGCUGAACAGGAACCAUUCGGAUGGAGGAGGUGUCAUUAUCAAUAACAGCGAAAGCAUCUUGAUGAAUUAUGAGCACAUUGAAAUGACAUUCCAUGAUAUGGAACAGAUGCCAGAGGCAUUUAAAGGGACCAAGAAAGGCAGUGUCUUCAUGACUCCCUAUCGAGUCAUUUUUGUAUCUAAGGGAAAAGAUGCAAUGCAGUCUUUCAUGAUGCCCUUUUAUUUAAUGAAAGAAUGUGAAAUUAAGCAACCCGUGUUUGGAGCAAAUUAUAUCAAGGGCGUAAUAAAAGCAGAGGCAGGAGGUGGUUGGGAAGGAUCCGCAACGUUCAAAAUGAUAUUUUCAGCUGGAGGUGCCAUUGAGUUUGGACAGCGUAUGUUACAAGUAGCAUCUCAAGAAUUGUAUCCUGGCCCACCAAUGGAUGGUGCUAUGGGAUACAUGCAGCUUCCGCCUCCUCCCUAUCCUGGGCCUAUGGAGCCACCUGCUGCUGGCCCAGAUCAUCCCACCACUCCAGCAGCUGAAGCUAAGGCUGCAGAAGCUGCUGCAAGUGCAUAUUACAACCCAGGGAACCCUCAUCAUGUCUACAUGCCCAUGGACCAGCCUCCUCCACCUCCUUACUUUCCUCCAGAGGACAAGAAAACCCAGUAGAGAACCAUCAUCACAUGUUGCAUCCUUUAUUGCCAUGUGGCUAAAUAUGACAGCGAUAAGAGCCACCUUGUCUUCCCCACCCCCACCCUACCCCAGUACAUGUAUCGCUCAUGGACAGAAAUGACAGAUUAUAUAUAUAUGCCAGUAGGGAAGUGUUUCUAAUGUUUUCCUGGAUUUGGGAAUGCACAGACACUUAAUACAUUGUUCUCCUCUAUAUGAUAUAAUGAAGGAGUCUUUUCCCCUAUCCCACCUUUUAAUUGUCCCAGAGAACAUUCUUCCUUGAAGAAAGACUACUUCAGCUGAAACUUAUCAACAGUUAUUGAAUUUGGUAGGUGUUGAUAUUUUAGGUGCUGCCCAGCUUAUUCACGGUGAAGCUUCAGAAGAAAAUUAUCUCUGAUCUUUUGAUUGGUUCUUCGUUGCAUGAACCCUGCCAUCCUCUGAUUAAGGAAGUUCACUGAUCUUCUGACAAAUUUGACAGCAUGUAUUAGACAUUUGAUUCUACUUGGACAAUGGGAUUUUCUGCCAUUUCUUCUACAAGAUGCAUGUAUGGUAGCACAAACGUUUCACACUAUGGACAGCCUUGCGUACUCUCUUAAUACCGUGGCUCUUUCAGUUUUACAGUAACAAAGUGGUGGCUGCAUAGUUUUAGCCAGGAAAGCAUCUUUACCUCUAUAGUUAACAGGGUAGUUGAUUUGACCAAAUGGCUGAUCGUCCUACUACUAGGUGAUAUGGUUUCUAAGAGAAAAAAUAGUCGUAUAUAAGCUUAUUUAUGUGUUUAGUUUAAUAUUGCACAGAUUUUAUUCCUUUAAUUUUGAGUGUAUUGCAACUUGAAGGAACAGAUUUAUUUUAUGGUUUUCAGCCAUCACACUCACUCUGUGUGUGUGUGUGUGUGUGUGUUGAACAUCAGAUUACCUUUCAAUAACUCUUUGGUUUGACUUCAUACA